AUGGCCGCUGCACAGCCCCAGCUUCCCGCGGGGGCGGCCAUGGUCUGGCGCUUGGCCCGGAGCUGCUGGUCAGCGUUCUGGGACUACGAGACGCCCAAGGUGAUCGUGGUGCGGAACCGGCGCCUGGGGUUCGUGCACCGCAUGGUGCAGCUGCUCAUCCUGCUUUACUUCGUGUGGGUUGCCUCAGGAGCCGGAGCCGGCACCGCCCUGUCCUGCAGGUACGUGUUCAUCGUCCAGAAAAGCUACCAGGAUAGCGAGACGGGUCCGGAGAGCUCCAUCAUCACCAAAGUCAAGGGGAUCACCAUAUCGGAGCACAAAGUGUGGGACGUUGAGGAAUAUGUAAAGCCCCCGGAGGGGGGCAGUGUGGUCAGCAUCAUCACCAGGAUGGAGGUGACACCUUCCCAGACCCCGGGAAUAUGCCCAGAGAGCAUGAGGGUUCACAGUUCCACCUGCCAUUCAGAUGACGACUGCGUUGCCGGGCAGCUGGACAUGCAAGGCAAUGGGAUUCGGACAGGACGCUGUGUACCCUAUUACCAUGGGGACUCCAAGACCUGCGAGGUGUCAGCCUGGUGCCCGGUUGAGGAUGGAACUUCUGACAACCAAUUUCUGGGUAAAAUGGCACCAAAUUUCACCAUCCUCAUCAAGAACAACAUCCACUACCCCAAGUUCAAGUUCUCUAAGGGCAACAUUGCAAGCCAGAAGAAUGACUACCUGAAGCACUGCACGUUUGAUCAGGAUUUUGACCCGUACUGCCCCAUCUUCAGGCUAGGCUUCAUUGUAGAGCAGGCAGGGGAGAACUUCACAGAACUGGCACACAAGGGUGGUGUUAUUGGAGUCAUCAUCAACUGGGACUGUGACCUGGACUUAUCUGAAUCAGAGUGCAACCCCAAAUACUCUUUCCGGAGGCUUGACCCCAAGUAUGAGUCUGCCUCCUCAGGCUAUAACUUCAGGUUUGCCAAGCAUUACAAGAUAAAUACCACCACCACCCGAACUCUCAUCAAAGCCUAUGGGAUUCGAAUUGAUGUUAUCGUGCACGGGCAGGCAGGGAAAUUCAGUCUCAUUCCUACCAUCAUCAAUCUGGCCACUGCUCUGACCUCCAUUGGGGUGGGCUCCUUUCUGUGUGACUGGAUUUUGUUAACAUUCAUGAACAAAAACAAGCUCUAUAGCCAUAAGAAGUUCGACAAGGUGCGUACUCCAAGGCAUACCUCAAGUAGCUGGCCUGUGACCCUUGCCCUUGUCUUGGGUCAGGUCCCUCCCCCACCUAGUCACUACUCCCAGGAUCCAUCAGGUGGAGGGCCAACUUUUGGAGAAGGGGCAGAGCUACCGCUGGCUGUCCAUCCUCCUAGGCCUUGUUCCAUCUCUGCUCUGACUGAGCAGGGGGUGGACACUCUUGACCAGCACAUGGGACAAAGGCUUCCUGUCCCUGAGCUUUCCCAACAGGAUUCCACAUCCACGGACCCCAAAGGUUUGGCUCAACUCUGA